CUCAGCAAGCAAAAAUCUAAGUGCAUCCUGAAUAGGCCAUUCUGUGGCCACAAACUCGUCAUGUGGCCAAUGCCACAUAAAUUUCUUUACAGCCAAAUAGAUUUAUAACAAUUUAAACAUACAAAAGCAAAGAAGUAUACCAAAACAAAGAGAGAGAAAUAAAAACUUCCAUUCUUUUCAUAAUCUUGAGUUUCAACAAUGGCUUCCACCAUGAUGACUACUCUCCCACAAUUCAGUGGCCUCAAACCCCAAGCUUUCUCAACUUCUCCAAUUCAAGGCUUGGUAUCAGUUCAACCAAGACGCAACAAAGGACAAGGUGCUUUGGGAGCUCGUUGUGAUUUCAUUGGCUCAUCCACAAAUUUGAUAAUGGUGACCUCAACAACCCUAAUGUUAUUUGCUGGAAGAUUUGGACUUGCACCAUCAGCAAACAGGAAGGCAACUGCAGGGCUAAAGCUUGAGGUGAGGGACUCUGGCUUACAGACUGGGGAUCCUGCUGGAUUUACACUUGCUGAUACUUUGGCUUGUGGUACUGUUGGUCACAUUAUUGGUGUUGGAGUUGUUCUUGGACUCAAGAACAUUGGUGCUCUCUAAAAUUUGUAUCUCUAUGUUCAUAAAUCAAAUCAUCUUUUUGUGAAUUA